AAUUUAUUUUAUCUCACGCUCUUUCAAGUUUGCUAUAGUGACCCAUCAAGAAGAACCCAGUUCAGUUUUGAGGAGAAGCCACCAUAAGCAGCACCAACAAUGGUGUCCCUCACCCUACAAAAGCGGCUUGCCGCCAGCAGCCUCGACUGCGGCAAACGUCGUGUAUGGCUUGAUCCCGCCGAGACCGUCACCAUCUCCUUAGCCAAUUCAAGAAUGAGCAUCAGAAAGCUCAUAAAAGAUGGCUUGAUCAUCAAAAGAUUGACAACAACUCAUUCAAAAUCGCGAUCUCGACGACGCAGCGAUGCAAAAUCGAGAGGACGACACUCAGGGAAUGGAAAACGAAGAGGAACAAAGGAAGCAAGGUUGCCUACAAAGCUGUUAUGGAUGAGAAGAAUGAGAGUCCUGCGAAGAUUACUGCGCAAAUACAGAGAAUGUGAGAAGAUAGAUAAGCAUAUUUAUCAUCAAAUGUAUAUUAGAGUGAAGGGAAACGUCUACAAAAACAAGCGUGUUCUAAUGGAAAGCAUUCACAAAGUCAAGGCUGAAAAAGCAUCAGAAAAAACACUUUCUAUUCAGUUGGAGGCCAAGAGAGCAAUAAAUAGUAAAGCUACCGUAAGGUUGUAAACCAGAAAGAUUACUCUACCAUUAAGGCUCUGGCUGUGACAAUAUUCACACAUUCAGGGCCUGUCUUCCUUUUGAGGGAAGCUCAAUAAAACAGAUGGUUAGAUCAUAAAUAUAUGAUGGCCAUUUUACUUUCACAACUUCAUAUGUAUUUGUAUGUUACACAUGAGUUUUAUGUUGUAA